AAGCCAUCCCUUCUUCCCGGAGAGAGACACCCCCCUCCAAAACUUUCCCCAAUCCAAUCUCCCAAUCCAAUCUUCCCUCUCCUCUCCUGGAACCCUAAGCCUCCUCAGGUACAUGACCCACCCUUCCUCGUCCUCCUCCUCCGCCCCGGCGGCCGCGCCGGAUGACCCGACCUCCCUUGCCCCGGGCUUCCGCUUCCACCCAACAGACGAGGAGCUCGUCUCCUACUACCUCAAGCGCAAGGUGCUCGGUCGCCCGCUCAAGGUCGACGCCAUCGCUGAGGUAGACCUCUACAAGGUCGAGCCAUGGGACCUCCCGGCAAGGUCGCGCCUCCGCAGCCGCGAUUCCCAGUGGUACUUCUUCAGCCGCCUCGACCGCAAGCACGCCAACCGCGCGCGCACCAACCGCGCCACUGCAGGAGGCUACUGGAAGACCACCGGCAAGGACAGGGAGGUCCGCCAUGGAGCUAGGGUUGUCGGGAUGAAGAAGACGCUCGUCUUCCACGCUGGCCGCGCGCCCAAGGGCGAGCGCACCAACUGGGUCAUGCACGAGUAUCGCCUUGAGGGCGAUGGCGCAGCCGGGAUCCCACAGGAUUCAUUUGUAGUGUGCCGAAUCUUCCAGAAGGCUGGGCCUGGUCCUCAAAACGGGGCACAGUAUGGAGCUCCCUUCGUCGAGGAGGAGUGGGAGGCGGAUGAGGAUGAUGAUUUUGGUCCUAUGCCAGUGCAGAGGGACGUUUUUGGUGAGCAUGAGGCUCCUGGUGCUAUGGAGAAAGGAUAUCUUCAGAUGAAUGAUCUCAUUCAGGACUUGGCUGGUCAAAAUGAGAAUGGCAGUGUUGUUUUGCCAGUUUCUGACACUUCAAACACCAGCAGCCAUUCUGAAGACGUAGAAGGAAAUUCAGGGGACAUUUUGAAUGACCCAAGUCUUGGUUCUAAUUUUCUUCAGUAUAUUCAUCCUGGAGAACAAAAUAGCCCAAUGCUUAAUGAAAAUAUGUUAUCUAAUGCCAAUGUUGGAGAUUUUCUUAAUAGUUCUAGCCCCAAUGAUGAAUUCCUAGAGCUGAAGGAUUUGGAGUUACCUCUAGGCAAUGAUUCCACUAUCUGGCCUUCUGAUGGUUGGGCCUGGAAAACAGCUUUCCCCUUGGAUGCUGUAAACGGGGCCAACAAUGAGGUUCCUCUGAUCACUGGUGAUCAGCCUUUCCAGCCAGAUGAGUUGGCCCAGUUGUUGCAGACACUACAAGAUGACUCCUCCCAGUUGGGCUCAACUAUGACCGAUCUCCCACACUCUUCUAUUACAAAUUCAGUCAAGCCAGAAGAUGAUUCUCUUAUGUAUUUUGAUGCGCCCUUUGAUAACUCAAUGUUCAGUGAUGGAUUUAGACAGACGAAUGGAUUUCUUGGCUCCCCAGCAACCAUUCUAUCUGGUAUCGAGACACUGGAUGAUGGUAUUCCAUACUAUGAUGCAAUGGACGAUAACUUAUUUAAUGAUAUGAUGUGCUCUGUACAGCAGUCGGCUGGGAGCAGCUCCCAUGUCUUUAAUGGGCCAGUUCUUACUCAAGAGGUCAACAAUCCCAACUAUACAUAUAGUCCAACUCAAAAGGUUGUAGAACCUAAUUUUGUAGCUGGGGCCCCGUCGUCCGCUAGGUUAUCUGAAGCUGGUGGCCAGUUAAAUUGUGUUGUUUUACCAGAUUCUCAGGCUAAGAAUGGCUCCAUGGGAAAGCGUUUUGUAAAGAUGCUGGAUUCAAUCUCGGCUCCCCCUGCUUUUGCAGCAGAGUUCCCAGGCAAAUCCUUGUCUGGUGUGCACCCUAACACCAUCAGCGUGUCUACCGAAGUAAUCAGCAUAGGAAGCUUAACUGUUGCUUCUCGACAAGGCAAGUGGUCGUUCCAGAAGGAUGAAGACAUGGAGCUUCUCUUCUCCACAGGUUUCCAGCCUGAUAACCGCAUACACUGUGGUGGCUGCAACACAGUGACUGCGGUGCUGCGCGGCGGCUUCUGUCUCUUUUUCCUGUCAGCAAUAAUGCUCCUGUUCAUCGCUAAGGUCGAUAGGGUUGGGCGGUCCAACCUUAGCGAUGAGCUGAUGCUCUUCGGGGCAUCUCUUGCGGCUUUCUCUCGCAUGCUCUCGGUGGCAAGGGCGAUCAUAGCGUCCUCUCAAUAUUUCUCUGUUUCUCUGCUCGAUUUGAUGGACCCGAUUACGGAAACCUGGGAUGUUGAGCUCGUGAAAGAACUGUUCUGUGAAGAAGAUGCAAAAGAGAUGCCUGCUAUCGCUGUUGAUAGUGGCAUGGACGAUCUGGUAGCGUGGCAUUUUGACACCAAAGGCUUAUUCUCUGUGAAAUCUGCAUAUCACUUGGGAACGAGGUUGCGAGAUGCAAGCAAGGACACGGAUGCAAGCUCUUCUACCGUAGUGCCGCAGGCCUCACAAAGAUGGAAAAGAUUUUGGAGUCUGAGCUUGCCUCCUAACAUUCGUAUGUUCCUAUGGCGUCUGUCACACAAGUCGUUGCUUUUGCGAAUGAAUAUCAAGAGGAAACAUGUUGACCUGGAUACUAGAUGUCCGAUGUGCUUGCGCCUGGAUGAGGAUGGGGGACAUCUGUUCUUGAAGUGUAAGUUGGUAAAGCAAGUCUGGAGGGAAUUGCAGCUUGAGGAUGUCAGGCUCGUAUUGCUGGAAUGUGUAAAUCCUGAUGCUAUUUUUGAUCACUCGGGGUCGCUGAAACCUGAAAAGCGUGACCUGAUGCUUGUAUUUCUCUGGGAGUGGUGGAAGGUUCGGAAUAAGGCUAAUCAGGGAGAAAAGAUUAAGCCGGCUGCUGGAGUGGCGUAUUAUGUUAGGAAACUGUUGACGGAUUUCUAUGUUGAGGAAGGAAGUAUUCAGGCACAUACAUUGCCAGCUAUAGUUCAAGUUUGCAGAAAACCGAAGGGAAGUCAGGAGGGAAGAGGUGCUUGGGGCUGUGUGGUGGGUUUGGGACAAGGGGAGUUCAUUGCGGCGUGUGCAGGAAAGCUGGACUACCUUGUCUCAUCCCUCCAGGCUGAAGCUACGUCGUGCAACAAGGCCAUUGAAGCCGCGGGCGAGAUGGGGCUUCAUCAAGUGAUUUUUGAAUCCGACUCUUUACAACUGGUUAAUGCUAUCAAUUCUGGAGACUAUAAUCUUUCGUCCAUUGGUGUUCUGUCGCGGGAAGCAAGGUCCUUGGAUGCUUUUGAAUUUAAUUUCUGCAAACGUUCUUGUAACUGUUAA